UCUUCCUCAUCCUCCUCUCUUAUGAUUUUGGAUAGCUCAGAGGAGGAGGAUGAGCCUCCUACUGGGAUGCUAAGUAUUCCCCAGAGUCCUCCCCAGAGUCUUCAGAGCUCCUCCUCUUCCUCUAUUUCAUGUAGUAAGUUAGAUGAAGAGCCUGGCAAUGAAGAAAUGGGCCACAGUUCAAGCACCUCACAGUCAAGAGAUAUAGAAUCCUUGACUGAUGACCUGUUAGGAGGAAAGGUGACUGAUUUGGUGCACGCCCUGAUUCUCAAGUAUCAACUGAAGGAACCAGUCACCGAAGUAGAAAUGCUCCAGGUUGUCACCAAAGAGUACAAAAAUUGGCUCCCCAUGAUCUUUGAGAAAGCAUCUUCAUGCCUGGAGAUGCUUUGUGGUAUUGAUGUAAGAAAAAUGGACUCCAUCAACCACACCUACGUCCUUGUUAAUUCACUGCACCUCACCUAUGAUACGGUGCUGAGUGAUGGCCAGAACAUGCCUACAAAUGGCUUCCUGAUAAUGAUCCUGGGUGUGAUAGUCAUAGAGGGGAACUAUGCCACUGAGGAAGACAUCUGGGAAUUCCUGGAUAUGAUUGGAGUGUAUGAAGGGAAGGAGCAUUUCCUUUAUGGGGAGCCCAGGAAGUUACUCCAAGAUUUGGUGCAGGAAAAUUACCUAGAGUAUUUUCAGGUUCCUAGCAGUAAUCAUCCACGCUAUGUGUUCCUGUGGGGUCCAAGAGCCAAGGCCGAAACCACCAAGAUGAAAGUUCUGCAAUUUGUGGCCAAGAUCAAAGGAACUGACCCCAGUUUCUUCUUAGAUUCUUAUAAGGAGGCUUUGAAAGAAGAGGAAGAAAGGGCACAGGCUACAGUGGGUUCUGCGGGUAGUACCAGUGCCUCAUUCUUUGCAGCUUCUCCUGACCCCGAAGACUGA